GCGUAAAAAGGAUCUUGGGCUACUCCCCACUCCUUCACCAGCUGCAAUGGAGUUUACGAACCGUUUGGCCAAAAUGAAAGGUAAAGUUCAUUAUGUCACGAUUCCAGCGGAGGAGUGGACCGAUCUGACAGUUAAAAAAUGCAGGAGUUUCUCAAAGAAGUAUGGUGUGAGCUGGAAGAGAGUGUGGGAACAGGUACGCAGUGGAAAUACCACCAACCGCACCUUUCCACUAUUUCAUUACAUCCCUCAUCUGCUAUCCAAUGAAGAACUUAUCGGCGAUAUUGAAGAGUUGAAGCGCAUUGUGCGGGAGAGAGAGUUAAACGGGGUGUCAGUGGCGAGCUUCCGAUCUCGCGCGUUUCGUUCUCAAGGGCUAAGUCAACCGGAAGAAACGUCCGACAGCGAUGUUGAGCCGUGCGAAGUCCCUCCCGCAUUGCCACACCGUACCAUUAACGAAGCGCUUGCUCGCGUCUACGACACGCGCGCAACAGCCUGCUUCGGUCUCCAUCUUCUCGUCACGGUUCAGAACGAAGAUGCUGCGACGCCCAACGACGCCGGCGUGCGUUCGCAGCUGAGCCGCCUCCCCAUGUCAGCACUGCACAACAUCAUCUCUGAGUUGUCGCAGGUGCGGAGUGCGUGGGAACGUGAGCUACUGGCUCCCUGCGCUGCCGCCCUUGCCGAGGAACAGGCACACACGGAGGAGGAAAAGAUUAACGCACUGCUCUUCCACAUUUGUCUCUGGCAGCGACGAUAUCCGCUGGAAUUGCUGUUGUGCGUCCUCUCGUUCCACUCCGAGCACCGAGAUGCUUUCCUCCCUGCCACCCCUGCUGAUCAGUGCGAGCCGUAUCGCCUGGAGCAGCUGUUAGAGGAGCUGCAACGCCUGCAGUACCCCGACCUCUCGGACGUUCCCGGACUGAUCCGGUGCGACGUGCUCAUGACACACCCAAAGAUGCCGCUGGGGGAGCAAACAGAACUGAUGCGGCGGGUGGCGGCUUCGUGUCAGCGUCGUAUGCGCGCAGCAGGUGCUUCCGAUAACGAGGAAGAGGAUGGAGCCGCGCAGGAUGCGCUACGGCGUCACUCGCGCAGCGCGCCAGAUCCGCAGCUGCUUCUCGCGCGGUUCGUCCCACCAGGUGUGCGCACCCCACGCCGUUUCUGCAGCGGCAUGAGCACGGCGGCGUACCGCGAGAUGCGAGCCGCCUUCGAGCGCCAUAAGCGGGACGGUGUGCGGCGCCUUGCGGUGCAGGACUACGAUGGGGAGUCGACGUCUUCAGCCCGACAGGCAGACGAUCACCUCUCGCCUCACGGGAAGUGA